AUGGUGGUGAUGAUGAUGAUGAUGAUUGAUUUGUAUAUAAUUGAUGGAUGGGUGGAAUUGAAGUGGGGGAAUGGAUGGGAGUUUGUCAGUCUUUUUUCAGUAAUCAUUCAUGUGCUAGUUUCAGUGAGUUAUGCUCAAAAUUUUAAUGUAAUGAAUUUUGGAGCUAAAGGAGACGGAAAGACAGAUGAUUCUCAAGCUUUUAGCAAGGCAUGGGCAGCAACAUGUGGAGCAUCGUCAAGUCUAAAAGAACUCGUCAUUCCCCCAGGAAAAGCAUUCUUGUUGAAGCCAAUGAAAUUCAGUGGCCCCUGCAAAUCCAGAAUUCUGAUUUCUAUUGAAGGUUAUUUGAUGGCACCAUUCAAAGGCCCAGAGUGGGGAGAAGAGAAAAAGAAAUGGCUUGUUUUUCAAGGAAUUCAUGACCUAAUUAUCAAAGGCUCUAACAAAAUCGAUGGUCGUGGUUCUGAUUGGUGGAAAUCUUGUAACAAUACGGACAACUGCAUGAGACCCACUGCAUUGUCAUUUGAAGACUCCAGCAAGCUUCAUGUGAGUGGUUUAACACACAUCAACAGCGCGAAAAACCAUAUAUCUAUACAUAAUUGUGUAGACGUACACCUGGAAGACCUCCAUAUAUAUGCUCCCCAUGAUAGCCCUAAUACUGAUGGAAUUGACAUUAGUGAAUCUAGGAACAUUGAAAUUGUUGACACAUUUAUUGGCACAGGUGACGAUUGUGUUGCACUCAAUUCUGGAUGUUAUAAUAUUACUAUUACACAUAUGACAUGUGGUCCGGGUCAUGGCAUAAGUAUUGGAAGUUUAGGAAAAAAUGGAGAAGAUGCAAAAGUGGAGGGAAUACAUGUUAAAAGUUCGACUCUAAAUGCAUCCGAUAAUGGAUUAAGGAUCAAAACAUGGCAGGGAGGAAAGGGAUAUGCUAGAAAUAUCUCAUUUGAAGAUGUUACGUUCAUAAAAGUUGCAAACCCUAUUGUCAUUGACCAAUAUUACUGUCCUCAUAAGAGAUGCAAUGAACAAAGUAGUGCAGUUCAAAUAAGUGAUGUUUCUUAUAUUGGAGCACGAGGAACAACGAGAACCAGUGAAGCAAUCAUCUUAAAUUGUAGCAAAACCGUUGGGUGCAAUAACAUUACGCUCGAUGGAAUAAACAUAUCAGCGGUUGAUAAUAAGGCAGUCUCAGCUACCUGCAUUAAUGCUCAAGGAAGCUGGCUUAACUCGAAGCCUCCUAUAAAUUGUCUUAAGUAG